AUGCCCUUUGAGAAAGAAUUGUUUGUCGCUACGCAAGCGCUAAAAAAAGCGUCUCUGUUGACCAAACGCAUCCAAUCACAGGUUAUUGCCAAUAAAGACAGCACAAUCACCAAGGAGGACACUUCUCCCGUUACUGUCGGCGAUUACUCGGCACAGGCUAUUGUUAUAAAUGCAAUUAAGGCAAACUUCCCUCAGGACAAAAUCGUAGGAGAAGAAGAAUCCACAGGGUUAAGUGACUCAUUCGUGUCAAGGAUCUUGAGCGAGAUUCAGGAAAAUGACAAACAUUACGCCAAGACUUUUGGUGUAGCAGACUCCCGUGCUUCAGGUAUGCAAUUCACCAAUGCGGAGUACCCAUUGAGUUCACUUGACGACGUCCGCAAGGUAAUCGAUAUGGGGGACUUCGACGGUGGUGCCAAAUCGAGAUUCUGGUGCCUAGAUCCCAUUGAUGGCACCAAAGGCUUCUUGCGCGGGGAGCAGUUUGCGGUGUGUCUAGCACUAAUUGUGGAUGGUGUUGUUGAGCUCGGUUGCAUUGGAUGCCCUAAUUUGCAGCUUGCAGACUAUGGUGGACAGGAUACCAACAUCGAGAAAUCUCAAGAAUUGGGAUAUUUAUUCCGUGCAGUUAGAGGACAAGGGGCAUUUUUCGCACCAACCAUCUCCGAUUUUGAAUGGCUACCAGUCCAUUGCAGGACUUUGAACUCCACGGAGCCAAUGGUAUCGCUAGAGGGUGUUGAGAAGGGCCAUUCUGCUCAUUCUGAACAAUCACAAGUCAAGGAAAAACUAGACAUCUCGCGUUCGUUGCACUUGGAUUCUCAGGUAAAGUACUGCCUGUUGGUGCUUGGUUUGGGCGAUGUUUACCUUAGGUUGCCCAUUAAGCUGUCGUACGAAGAGAAGAUCUGGGAUCACGCUGCUGGAAACGUUUUGGUCACGGAAGCUGGCGGAAUUCACACGGAUAGUUUCAACAACGUACCAUUGGACUUCUCGCGCGGCAGAACCUUGCAAUCCAAGGGUGUCAUUGCCUCCAGUGGGCCUGAAGAGCUACAUGCAAGAAUUGUAGCUGCAUCGUCAGAGGUGAUGAACAAAGCCAGCAAAUAA